CUGACAUCAAUUCUGAAGUAAAUUAUAAGCGUAUAUAACCAUCUAUACUUACCUUGAAAAUGCUGAGUAUCCUCCAAGCUGUGGUCCACUCCCGGUGUUGACUUCCCUCCCGGCGGACAAGUAGACUAAAAAAAUGGCACCAAAGAAGGACGCUAAGAAGCCCGAGCCUGCCAAGAAAGCAGAGCCUGCACCUGCCCCCGCUCCCGCGCCCGCACCCGAGGCCCCACCUAAAGCCGCAGCAGUAGAUCUGUCCGGUGUGAAGGUCGAUUUCAACCAGGACCAGAUGGAAGGUGAGAUCAUUUUUUAUAGGUUCCAUGACCCUUGCUUACAAACGUGUAUUGAGUUUGGGUCCUCACUUUUGACCCCGUUUACAGACAUGGUAAACAAGAGAGUCGACUUUGAGGGUUUCCUGCCCAUGUUGCAGGUUGUGGUCAACAGCCCAAACAAGGCAACAUACGAUGACUACGUUGAGGGUCUGCGUGUAUUCGAUAAGGAGGGCAACGGAACAGUAAUGGGUGCUGAGCUGCGUAUCGUCUUGUCAACACUGGGUGAGAAAAUGAAUGAAGUUGAGAUCGAUGCUCUCAUGCAAGGCCAGGAGGAUGAAAAUGGCUGUGUGAACUACGAGGCUUUCGUCAAACACAUCAUGUCUGUGUAAGAAGUCGGAGUUGUGAGGAAACUGAAGCGUUUCUCCAGAUUCCAUGAUGUCAGGACAUCCACACAAUGUUUCCAAACUAACUCAGAAAUGGAUGAAAGGGACAUGGGAUGUUAGUCAUAAACAAUUAUUUUGUUAUUUGUGUUUCCUAUUUUUUUCCACUUGACUCCUAUUUUUUUUGUCCAUUCUUGGAAGCCAUUCAUAUUUUUUUCCAGCUAAUUUUCUUGGUGUUGUUCGUGCCGGGACAAGCCUCUCUGUAAUGGAACGGUUGUGAGGGGAGGGGGUGUAGGGGGGCAUCAUAGUUACACAAAAAUACAAACCACCCCUUGACCCCUCAUUGCCUGGAUCGCAAAGUCAAAGGUGCUAAAUAUACUGUCAUUAAUGGACUGGCUGCAAAACCUCCUUCCCCUUUCCCCAGAGUCUUAAUUUAUUUUUUGCCUCUGUCAAUUCUCAUAAUAAACUUUUCACAAAGUAUCA